AUGGUGAACGGGACCGCCGUGUUGGAGCCCACGUUCACUGGCUACGUCGCAACCACCCAAGAUGCGCUCUUGCUCUUCGAGGCCUGUCUGACCGGCGUCUUGCACCACGUCCCGCGCCGCCCCCAUGAUCGGGAACGGAGUCAUCUCGUGCGCAGCGGGAGCGUCUUCAUCUACGAGGAGAACUCCUCCGGGAUCAAACGAUGGACCGACGCUGGACAAGCCCUUUCCCCCGGCGAGAAGAAACGCGCCAUGAAGAAGGCCACUCGACGACCCAUGCCUGCCGGCCGGCCGGGGGAACCCUAUGCGCGCCAUGACAGUCAGAGCUACUCACCCACCUCCCCCAGUCAAGCCUUCCCAGAUCGUCCCCAGUCCGAACUCGAGCGCGCCUUGGUAGGGUCCCUGGUCGAUUCGUAUGGGUUCAAGGAUUCCGGACUGGUCAAGAAGACCAUGAGUGUGACCGUCAUGGGGAUCACCCACCAUUUGGUCUCAUACUAUAGCGUGGACGACGUGAUUCGCGGCGUGCUGAACCCGCCCUCGAUGGUCGAAAACUUACGGUACAUCCGGCCACGCACCGAACUCACCCAGAAGCAAAGCUUCCGCUCCCCCAUCGACGAGCUCGAAGCCACCAACGCAGUCGAAAACCAAGAGCCCUCACACGCCGCGCUUUAUGGAUAUCGCCCCCAAAUGAUGGGUCCCCCCAGCUACACCAUGCAGACCGCCCCCGCAAACGACUUCUAUAUGCACCCAAGUCCCUACGCCGCCACCCACGCCACCCAGCCCGGCCCAAUCCAGGGCUACUCGAUGGGCGCCCCGAUGGCCGGCCAACCAGCACCCAACCCAUACCUUCCGACGCCCGCGACUGCCAUUCCCCAUAAGCAGGAGGAUUACCACGGCAUCCCACCGAAGCAGGACGACUACCACUCGUUCCGCGCGGGGCCAUACGGCGGCAGCAUGGACUCGAUGAGCGCGCACAGCAUGUCGUCCUCGAUCCCCGGUAUGAACACGGGGAUUCCGAGCUCGCUCAGCGAUCGCAACCGCUCCACCUCUGACCACAGCCCUUCCGCCUACCGCAACUCUUCCAUCUCCUCCCGCAGCCAAGCCACGGACGCCACCUCGCCCAUGGACCCUUCGACGCCGGGCAACUACUCUCGCGGCAGCUUCAGCAUUCCCGGCCAAUUGGAUUCGCAGCAUCCCCUCGAGCGCAACAUGCCGCUUGACCCGAGUGUGCCGCGCCGAGAGUCCAAUUCCAUUCACCCGUACUACGCGCCGGAUCGCUCCCAGUACUACGUUCCUGCGCCGUACGCGGCUACACAACCCAUGUCGACGUGGACGACAACCGCUGCGACCCAGCCACAGAUGGCACAACCGCAGAUUUGA